AUGCGCAAACGAUACACGAAAUCGAUAUGUGUAGACAACGAGGUCAGCCGCGGUCCAAACCGCAUCCGAGCCAGUUCCAGCGUCUUCGCGUUACCGUUACACAAGUGUCGCGGCGAUUUGCAUUGCUAUCGUCUUGGGUUCACUCACUCAGAACUAGCCCGAGAACGCAAGGACAGGCUAGCUGGGGCGACAUUAGAGCCACCGUGGUUAUUAUUGUCCAAUUAA